CCCAGGUAUAGGAGCACCAGGAAUAUCAGGGCAGGGAUUUUAGGGAGAGGACACACGACGUGGGACAGACACAAUGCUGUUCCUUCAAAUGCAUCCCUAGAUGAAUAGAUGCUACACUGCUGAAGCUUUGUUCAUCUCUGUGGAAUUCCUGGUAUGAGAAGGCAGAGCGUCAGGGUAGAGAGAAGAUCCUUACUGAGCUGCUGUAAUGAUGAAGACAGUGAUUUUAAUUGUCCUAAUCACCUUCUCUUUGCUGGCUUCAGGGAAGAAAUUCCGAUGGUGCACCCUUUCUGACCUGGAACAAAGAAAGUGUGCUGAGCUCUCCAAGGCGCUUACAGCUGUGCUUCCCCUCACUACUGCCAGUUCUUUUACUAGGAUUUCUUGCAUCAGAGCCCACAAUACAUAUGACUGCAUUGAUAAAAUCAGGGCAAAUAAAGCAGAUGCUGCCUCCUUGGAUGCUGGAGAUGUUUACUCUGCUGUAAAGCUGUACGGUUUGGCAGUGGUGGCAAAGGAGAUCUAUGAUCAAGGAAACUGUGUGUUUGCUGUAGCCAUUGCCAAACGAGGAACCCUGGAUAUCCAGAGCCUGCGAGGGGUGCGCAGCUGUCACAAUGGAGCCAGGUGGACAUCAGGCUGGAAUAUUCCACUUGGCUUUCUCCUUGCAAGAAAUUAUCUUUCCUGGGAUGAGGCACAACCUCUGAGCCAAGCAAUUAGUGAGUAUUUCAAUGCAAGCUGCAUCCCUGGGGUUGGUCUUGCUGCUCCCCGACUGUGUGCUCUGUGCCAAGGACAAAAAUCCUAUGUCAGAGACAGGAACCACUUCUGUGAGACAAGCAAUAAUGAACCCUUCUAUGACUCUGAGGGAGCCUUCAGGUGCUUGAAGGAUGGAGUGGCAGAUGUUGCCUUUUUAGAUCAUCUAAGAAUUAUGAGUGCCACAGAUUCAGAACAGCAGGAAUAUGAACUCUUGUGUCCUGAUGGGUCCACAGCUGAGCUGACUGAAUACAGCACCUGUAACCUGGGCAAGGGGCCUGGCCGCGGCAUCGUCACCCGCAGCAACUUCCAGAAGAUCACCAACAAAUUUCUUAGCAUGAUCCAACGCCUCUUUGGGCAUAAAGGAAAGGAAAGAGACAGAUUUGAACUCUUCAGUUCAGCAUCCUUUGGGGGAAAGAACCUGCUGUUUCGAGAUGCCACUCAGCACCUGCAGCUUCUUGAGGAGCAGCUGGAAAUUGCCUAUGUCCUUGGCCUGGAUUAUGUAGCUCUCCUGAAGGGACUUGGCCAUGAAGGGAGCUCUUUGGACAACAGCGUUGUGCGCUGGUGCUGCAUCAGUGAUGCUGAGCUUCGCAAAUGUGAGGAGUGGGCACUGAACAUCAAAUCCGACCCAUUAGUCUGUGUCCAAGCCACUUCCAUGACCAAAUGCAUUGAAAUGAUCAAGAGUAGUGAGGCAGAUGCAGUCACCCUGGAUGCAACACAUGUGUACAUUGCAGGAAGAUGUGGACUGGUGCCUGUAGCUGCAGAAUGCUAUGGGGGAGAUUGUGCCCCAGCAGCUGAGACCAUGGAGAAAACGGGGAAACUAAGUAAUCUGAAGCACAAAGCACUACCACCGGUUUAUGCUGUUGCCCUAGCUAAGAAAAGUGCCAAACAGAUUCACAUCCAUAACCUUAGGGGAAGGCGAUCCUGCCACAGUCACCUGUACAGUCCUGGAGGAUGGCUACUUCUGUCCAGACACACAGUGGGAGCUCAGCAGAAUGAUACUGAGAACUGUGAUAUUGCCUCUGCUUAUCAGAAUUACUUUUGGAAGGGCUGCAUGCCAGGAGCAGAUGGAAACCUGUGCAAGGUGUGCAUCGGAGGUGGUGAGGUAGAAGGAGCUCGAGUGUCCAGCAGAUGUGCUGCAAAUCACAAUGAACAUUACUAUGGCAAUAUGGGAGCACUCAGGUGCCUAGUUGGCAAUCCCAGUGGAAGAAGCUUUGGAGAUGUAGCUUUCCUGGAACACUCAAACCUGCUCCAGAACAUAGAGGAUCUGGGCAGCUCUGGUUGGGCAAAGGGUUAUACACCCCUCGACUUUGAACUGCUAUGUCCAGACGGAACACGUGCCGCAGUCACGGAAUGGGCAGGCUGUAACCUGGGCCCCAUUCCCCCCAGCGCAGUCAUGACUCGACCUGUCACUGUCACUAAAAUCUCUGACUUUCUACUGAAAUCUCAGGAAUCUCUGGGAAGCAAAUUGGAUUCGGAGUUCCAGCUCUUUCAGUCAUGGAAGUAUGGUGAAAGUGAUCUGCUUUUCAAAGACACUGCUCAGUACCUUGUUCAUGCAAGUCACCUGAGCUAUCAGGACAUCCUUGGAGAAUCUUUCAUGCAGCUGGCAGAAUCAGUGUUCAAUUGCACACCUGCAGGCAUCUUGGACUUCUGCAAACAGGAUAUCUGUGCAUUCUCAUCCAACUGACAGCUCAUACAAAGGCUUUGCAGGGCACAUAAUACCUGCUUAGAACAAGGAAAAGAACAACAUGCAAGUCCAA